AUGGCCGACGCAUUCGGUCACGAGACAGAGAAGGAAGAAGGAAAUGUUCCCUCAUCAACCACCCUCAAUGGUAUCUCUGGAGGCGAUCUCGGAGCGUCUGCAUCAAUACAACAAUUGCUUUUCGACGAAUACGUGGCGCCGUUUGACGCGGGGCGAAUGGACGACGUCUUCGUCUCCUACCUCUUUCCGGAUUCAGAAGACUUUGCAGGGACCGGCCUUGAUGCAAACUGGCACAUGGACUGGCAAGCGUCCGAAGUAUCAACACCUUUCGCAACCCUCAACGACCCCAAUCCUUUCAGCACCUUGGUAGACUCUUUGACAAAUUUUUCACUGUCAUUGCCUCAGGGCCAUCCUGAGCGUGCCCUGAACGAUCGGCUGGCAAAAGCUUCUGCUCUAUUUUCGAGAAAGAACGUUGAACGGUUCAUUGGACAUUACUUUCGCGAUUACAUCCCGCACAGCCCGAUACUCUUCCCGGGAACAUUCCACGCCAGCUCGGCUUCACCGUAUUUGCUGACGGUCAUGGUCAUCACUGGAGCAAUGUUUUCUUCAGGUCCGGGUGACAUUGAAUUGGCGCGAGGGAUCCUCGAACUCGUGGAGGAAUAUGUCUUCAGCAACGAAGAUUUCGUAAAGCUACUUCAGGCACCGCAUCAUACUAAAUACACAAAUGACCUCGGAGGAUGGCAGGCUCUCCAAGCCGCCUUCUUCAUCACUCAGAUCAAGCUUCGAGAAGGCUCUCUUGCCAAGCGGAAGGAAGCCCGGACUGCUCGUUUCGAAGCGAUUAUCUCUGGCGUCCGCGCUCUUGGACUCCUCCAAACCCGCAAUCCUUUUUUUCACGCUGAACCACCACUGCCAGAAAUGUUCCAGUGGAAUCAAUAUGGCGACAGCGAAACCAAGAUACGGCUUGUAUGUGGUAUCUUCAAUCUCGAUGCGAGCUUCACCAUCCUCUACAAUAUGACACCUCGGUUAUUCGCCGAAGAACUGGAGGUCGAUAUGCCCUGUCCGGUGGAGGCCUUUUUCGCCGACAGCGCUCAGGACUGCUACCAGAUUUCAUUCAGGGAGCACGGACUUCAGACUCUGCACCUCUCCGAAUUAUGCAAUGCUUUCUUGCAAGACACGUGGAGUGAGCAAAUGCGCUCCUCCAUGCUGAGCCUGUCGUUGCUCAACUUAUUCACUCUCAUCUUGGCACUUUUGCAAACCCUGUGGCUAUCGCCAUACAGACCCAGGAAGAGGCAGUUGAUGCAGAGCAUGGCGGUUGCGCUGGAACGGUGGAAAGAGAUCUGGGAUUUCCAGAACGCGAAGUUAAACCCGAGACAGCAAGAGCGGUAUGGCUUCUUGAAGAUUGCGCCUCUCGAGUUCUGGCAGAUCGCAAGUGUGCUGGUCCAGAAGAAAGCGACCCGUUUGGACACGGCGGUUGAUCAGAGCAGAAUGUAUGCCAUGAACAACGGCCGAUAUGGGAAUUGCUUAAAGUAUGCACACGCUUUGCUCCAAGACGUCAACAAAGAACAGGCGUAG